AUGAAGUUGGCUACUUUUUGUCUAGUUUUCUCUCUGUUUGUAUACGAUUUGAAAUUCCAUUCGGAUGGUGCCUUAAGCGAUCAAACUUCAGCGAAAGUGGAAGAUAUUAACUACAGCAUAGAGAAAGCGAACGAUGCUGGUUUUGUUUUCCAAAGGGAUGUUGUUUUUAGUGACCGAUCAAAUAAGUCCCUGAGGACGAACACCACCAGAAAUAGAUCCAAGCGAAACUUUGUUGCACUGAAACGCUUCUGGUGGAAUUCUGAGUCCAUUCCCUACAUGCUGGACAAGUCACUAGGAUUAUCUGGAAGAAAAGCUUUCCAAGCUGCUAUCACCGAGUUUGAGUGGAAUACCUGUAUAAGAUUUAUAAGACACACCAAUGAGGAAGAUUACAUUUGGGUGCAUCGCGGAUCGGGAUGUUUUUCAGCCACUGGAAAAACCGGUGGAAAACAGCUUCUAUCUUUGGGCAAAGGUUGUCAAACAAAGGGUGUUGUUAUUCACGAGCUUUUGCACGCUCUCGGUAUGAUGCACGAGCAUUGCCGCCCGGACAGAAACCAGUUCAUUAGGAUCAACGCAAACAACAUCAAGCCAAAAGCGAGAGUUGAGUACCGCGUAUUGAAAGGCUAUGUCAUCGGAGAACCCUACGACUAUGGGUCCGUGAUGCACUAUGGGUUCAAUUUCUUUAGUGUCGAUUCCAAGAGACCAAUUAUUGUCAAGUUAAUGCCAGGAGGGAAGCAGAUGGGUCAGCGGGAUGGAUUCUCUGAUCUGGAUUUAAGGAAAAUUAACAAGUUCUACAACUGCACAAAAUAUAUCAAAUCGAUAAAGACGCCCAAAAAGGAGAUAAUCAAAAUAGUUUCAGGAGACUGUAGUUUUGAAAGAGGACUUUGUAACUGGAAAAACUGGAAAAACGAAGAAGAAGAUCAAUUUGACUGGAUGAUAGGAAAAGCUGUUGCUAAGUCUCAAUCGAAAACAACGCCUCAAUACACGUCCAAUCUGACUAAUGGGAGGUUCCUCUUCUUCACAAAGCCAUCAACAAGAGCUGAGUACAUGAGCAGCGGUGUUCUUUACAGUGCAGGAUACUUCAAAGGUUCAAGUUGCUUGAGAUUCUACUAUCACAUGAGAACUGGCGGAUACCUUAAAGUGUUUACAAAGGAAGCUGCAUCUAAGGAAAAAAACCCUUACGUGUUGAUCUGGGAACGAGAAGGUCCUCAAGGAAAUAAGUGGAACGUGAUGGAAAAAUCUCUUUUAGGUGCCAUUAUUAAGAUUUACAUAGAGGGAAUCAAAAGUCCGACUUUAACUGGAUUUGUUGCAAUAGAUGACAUACGUGUCUCGCAAGGGAAGGCUUGUCUUGGUAUGCAUAAAGAAGUAACACGCCACUGA